AUGGAGUCAGAGGGCGAUGGAGUCAGAGGGCGAUGGAGUCAGAGGGCGAUGGAGUCAGAGGGCGAUGGAGUCAGAGGGCGAUGUAGUCAGAGGGUGAUGGUGUCAGAGGGCGAUGGAGUCAGAGGGCGAUGGAGUCAGAGGGUGAUGGAGUCAGAGGGCGAUGGAGUCAGAGGGCGAUGGAGUCAGAGGGCGAUGGAGUCAGAGGGUGAUGGAGUCAGAGGGCGAUGGAGUAAUAGGGCGAUGGUGUCAGAGGGCGAUGGUGUCAGAGGGCGAUGGAGUCAGAGGGCGAUGGAGUCAGAGGGCGAGUCAGAGGGCGAGUCAGAGGGCGAUGGUGUCAGAGGGCGAUGGAGUCAGAGGGCAAUGGAGUCAGAGGGCGAUGGAGUCAGAGGGUGA